GCCACUUGAAUUUGCUGUUUUGUUGGUUUGGUGCCACUUGAAUUUGAUCUGAUCCUGCGCAGGACUCAUAUUUGUAAUUUGUACUUGUAUUUGGACUCAUAUUUGUAUAAUUUGGACCAUCGGGAAAGCAGACAUGCGAGAAACUGUGUUUCUAGAAUCCUUGGUUCCGCCCUGGACAAAAGUCCGAGGGUUGUUUGUAAUUUUGGUUUGGGGCACCAUUUCUUUGCCGCGCGGUUUGUCCUGUCUGAUGUCUGUCCUGUUUUUGCUGUUCAAGUUUGUCUCCAUACUAACCACCCCAUCCCUGGAUUCCACCUCAACUGUGAUCAGCAGAUGUGCCAGGAGGAUUACAGACUGCCGCUCUGAGGACACCCAGGAGGGAAGUCAGCCAAGUGUUCAUUGUUCCUGAAAGAGAAACUCAAAGAAGCAAAACAGUAAGAAAUGGCUAAUUCUCCAGUAAAUAUAUCACAGGGUGUGUUGACAUUCAGAGAUGUAGCAGUGCACUUCUCCCAGAAGGAGUGGCAAUGCCUGGACUCUGCUCAGAGGGCUUUGUGCAUUGAUGUGAUGUUGGAGAACUACAGCAACCUGGUCUUUGUGGAGAACUAUUGCAAAUGUGAUCCUGGUCAUCAAUAUGUGAAGAUUGAAAAGAAGUCUUGUCAGUGUAAUGCCUUUGGCAAAGUGCUGCAUGAUCCCUCCAUAUGUGCACUUUAUAGAACAAGUGAAACUACAGAAAACUCUAAUAACUACACAUGCAGUAAUCACAGGGAUGCCUCUGUUGACUCAUCAAACCCAGACAGACAGGAAAGCAUGCACACUGGAGAAGAACCUUGCCGAUCUAAAGAGUGUGAGAAAUCUGUUAAUUUGUGUUUCAACAUGACUCAAGGUGAGAGAGUCUACACUGCAGAGAAAGAGCACAGACAGGAAGAAGGUGAUGACUCUUUAAGUUCUUCAUCCAGGCUUUUGCAACAACCAAUUUACAUUGAAGAAAAUCGACACCAGUGUGGGCAAUGCAAGAAAUGCUUCAUGACUGCUUCACAUCUCAGUGAUCAUGAGAGAAUUCAUACUGGAAUUAAACCCUACCAGAACAACAUUGGUGAAAAAUCUUUCACCCAGCUUUCUACUUGUAAAAUACACCAAAGUCUUCACACUAUGGAGAAACCUUAUACACAUAAGGAAUGUCACAAGUCCUUACCUUCUAACUCAAAAUUUAGAACACAUCAGAAAGUGCACACUGAGGAGAAACCUUACAAAUCUAUCAAACGUGACAAGUUUACCGAGGACUCAAAUCGUAGAAGACCUCAGGGAGUUCAUAAUGGAGAGAGACCUUACAAAUGUGAGGAAUGUGACAAAUCCUUUACCUGGAAUUCAGAUCUUAGAAAACAUCAGAGGGUUCAUACUGGAGAGAGACCUUAUCAAUGCAUAGAAUGUGACUUGUCCUUUACCUGGAACUCACAACUUAGAAGACAUCAGAGUGAUCAUAUUGUGGAGAAACCUUACAAAUGUAUUCAAUGUAGCAAGUCCUUUUUCUUGAACUCACAACUUAGAAGACAUCAGAGUGUUCACACUGAGGAGAAACCUUACAAAUGUAUUCAAUGUGACAAGUCCUUUUCCAAGAUGUCACAGUUUAUAAGACAUCAGAAGGUCCAUACUCGAGAGAGACAUUACAAUUGUGAGGAAUGUAACAAAUCUUUUAACUGUUAUUCGGAUCUUAGAAGACAUCAGAGAGUUCAUAUUGGAGAGAGAUCUUACACUUGUCAAGAAUGUGACAAAUAUUUUAGCUGUUGCUCAGGUCUUAAAAGACAUCAGAAAGUUCAUACUGGAGAGAAACCUUACAGUUGUAGGGAAUGUGACAAAUCCUUUACCCAGUUCUCACUUCUUAGAACACAUCAGAGAGUUCAUACAGGAGAGAGACCUUACAAUUGCAAGCACUGUGACAAAUCCUUUACCCAGGAUUCACAUCUUAGAACACAUCAGAGAGUUCAUACUGGAGAGAAACCUUAUAGUUGUCUGGAAUGUGACAAAUCCUUUACCUAUUGCUCAGAUCUUAGAAGACAUCAGAGAGUUCAUACUGGAGAGAGACCUUACAUAUGUGAGGAAUGUGACAAAUCCUUUACCAGAUUCUCAUUACUUAGAAGGCAUCAGAGAGUUCACACUGGGGAGAAACCUUAUAGAUGUACGAAAUGUGACAAGUCCUUUACACAGGACUCACAUCUUAGAAGACAUCAGAGAGUACAUACUGGAGAGGGGCCCUGUAGUAGUUAGUUUUGUGAUGUAUUCUUUCCCAAUCUUAUCUUCUAAGGAGACAUCAGAUACUUCAUACUGGAGAGAUACUUGACAUAUGCUAAGAUUGUGACAUAUCCUAUAUCUGAGGUCUUAGAAGACAUCAGACUGUUCAUACUGGAGAAUGACCUUACAGUUGUAAGGAAUGUGACGAAUCCUUUUCCAGUUGCUCAAAUCUUAGAAGGCUUCACAGUCUUCAUACUAGGGAGAAACCCUACAAAUGUGUCAAGUACUUUUCCCAGGACUUGAAUCCUAGAAGAUACGCAAGGGUUUAUACUGGAUGUAGACUUUACAGUUGUUAGGAAUGUGACAAAUCCUUUGUCCACUCUUCUACUCUAUGGAUCCUCUGAAGCUAGAGUUAAAAACACUUGUGAACUGCCAUGCAUGUUGGGAAUUGAAUCCAAGUCCUCUGACAGAGCAACCAGUGCACUUCACCCCUAAGCCGUGUCUCCAGACCCUAGUAAAAAAAUGUAAUAAAAACAUGUGACUUGGUAGACAUCAUCACCUAUGUAUUUACUUGCAGGACAUCCAGGACUACAUAAACUCUUUCUUAAAACACCAUCCUAUUAAAUAACAUAAAAUUACAAAACCUUUAGUUUAUCCUUUAAAUGGGCUGUAUAUCUCAAAAUUCAUACUUCUGAAAACCAUAUUACGGUAGAGAGUAUAUACUUCGCAUGCCUUCUGUUUAUUGGAAAUUACACCCACCAAAUGCAUGGAAUGUGACAACUCCUUUACAUAGUACUGAAAUUGCAGAGAUAAAUUCAUUGUUAAGGAAACACUGAUAAGUUCUACUAUCCACCUUCAAAUUCUUUAUACUACAGUCAAACCAAAGAAACAGCAAGAAAGUAAAUAACUGUGAAGAGAAGCUGUGAAAGUGACAUCACUGGACUUAUGAAAGAAUCUUAAAACUCCCCAGUGGCUAAGAGUAUGGUGACACACAUCUUAAUCCCAGUUCUCUGGAACCAGAGGAAGGGGUAUCCCUGUGAGUUCUAGCCAAGCACUGUCUACACUGCAAAUUGCAAGUCAGCCAUGGUUACAGAGAGAAACCCUCUGUUGAAAAGCAAAACAGUAAGAAAAAGCAAUCCCUGAAUGCAUGCAAGAAUUCAUUUUGAAGUACUUAAUAAAACUUGGGAAGAAUUUACUUGAAA